AUGAAAGAUAGAAAAGCUUAUGAAAAGUAUUUCUCCUUUCUUAAACAUGACACAAUCUCUCUGGUUAUAUCAGCUAAGAAUGUAAGAGAUAGACUGAGGUGGUUCCUUCCAUUGGUCGUGAAGAAUAUUCACAAACUCGAAAAACUAUCUUUUCACUGAUUCACAAUCUCAAUGAAGGAGCUCAAAAGAAUAUUGGUUGCAUCAGAUUCCACCAAGUGUUUGAUGUUUCAACAAUGCAAUUUUCCAGAUGCGAGAAGCUUGGAACUCGCUGAGUCUCUUGUUGGCUGAGAGAACAGAAUUCAAGCCACACAAAACAUUCAGGUCACAAGAUGUACUUUCUCAGUGACUCUAAAUGAGUUCGAGCAAAUGGUCAGAAAGUUUUACCCAGAAGCAGAGAUCCAGAUUGAAAUGUAA